GCUACACAAUAAUGUAAAUUUUUUACACCGUGGUAUGACUUUUAUUAUGAAAAUAAUUUUACUACACAGUGUUUUUUUCUUCUCCCAAGUUUGCAGUUUAUCAUAUGUAACUUUGAGAAUUAAAAAUAAUAAUUACAUUUUUUUGGGAUAAACUACAUUUCCAAGUAUUGAACCUUUAACGAAACCAAAAGUCGGGGUGGGUUUCGUUAAAUGGCAAAAACUUGAGGGGUAAAUGUCACGACCCAGGACUGAAAAGAUGGCCAGAUAGCAGAAAUUGGAGAAACAAACGGAGGUCGGGAAAAAUUAGGGUUACGGGAUCGGAGAAAGUCGGAGAAGGAGAGAUUUGAAUUUUGGAAUUCAAUGCUGAAAUUAUCCAUAAUCGUUUUACAUACCACUGAUGGCUAUUCAUAGCCCAACAUAAUAUAAAAUUAUAAUUAGUCUCUAUAUUUUCUAUUUCUUAUAAUUAAGUCUAGGGGCAUUGGCAGUAAAAAUGUAGUUUGGGUUUGGGAAUCAGAAAAACAUUGGCGUAAAAAUAAAAAAGCCCAACAGAAUUGAGCACAAAAGGGAAGGUGUAAAAUUAAAAUUUUGAUUUGUUUGGGGGUAAAAAAAGAUUCACCUUAGGAAAUUCGGAGAAGAAAACGGUGCUCGGAUGUCGGGUUCUUCUUGCGCCCAAAGCAAGCAAAUCCCUACUUAAACCGGCACAUCUGCAACACCAUCUUCUAUUUUCCGGCACCGCCGUCAACCCUAACCUAAGCCCCUUCACUCUCUCUAAUGGCUUCAUCUGAUGAAGAUUCGACUGGUCAACUCAAAGAUGAUAUCCCUGAACCCUCAACCCCUACCCCCACUAAACCCGGCGACGAGAUAGACGACGAAGAAAUCAAUGGAGUGGAAGAUGAAGACGACGGUGGGGAAGAAGACGAUGAUGAAGUUGAACCACCGCACGUCACUCGUCAGUCCCGAAUGCAGUCGGAACGGGCCAAAAUGGAGACCCUUUUCCACCGGUUAGCGAGAGAACGGGUCCCCGUCCGGGUGCACGACGUGUUGAUCAAAGGGAAUUCAAAGACUAAGGAUUACAUUAUUGAAGCCCAACUCGAAGCCCUGAAACGUGCUACCACUAUGCAAGAGUUGCUUCAAGCCGCUAGUGUGGCUAAUGCUCAGCUUCAAGGUCUUGAGAUUUUUGAUUCGGUUAAUAUAACCCUCGAUUCAGGACCCCCGGAGCUUCCUGGUACCGCUAAUGUCAUUGUCGAGGUCGUCGAGGCUAAACGGUUUUAUGGCGGAGAUUGUGGGGUUUACACUAAUGCUGAGACUAGAUCUUGGUCACUUGAAGGUUCAUUGAAGCUCAAAAAUUUGCUUGGUUAUGGUGACAUCUGGGAUGGUUCUUUGGCAUAUGGCUGGGAUCAAAGCUCGGAGAUCAGUGCUGCAUUGUAUUUGCCAAGAAAUAAGGGACUAAUGAAUCCUGUGGUAGCUCGGAUAUCUCUGCUUUCACAAGAUUGGUUGAAGUUUUCUUCUUAUAAGGAGAGAGCUUUAGGUUUUUCUCUUGGAUUGAUAUCAACAAGGAAUCAUGAUCUGUCAUACAAUCUUUCUUGGCGAACUUUGAGUGAUCCAUCACAGUUAUCUUCCAGCACAGUAAGGAGGCAGCUUGGACAUGGUUUACUCUCAGCUUUGAAGUAUACAUACAAGAUCGACCACAGGAAUUCCUCUUUUAGACCGACACAAGGAUAUGCUUUUGUUUCAACCUCUCAACUUGGUGGGCUUUAUCCAGAUUCUCGGAGCUUACGUUUUAUACGCCAGGAGUUUGAUUUUCGUUACGCGUUGCCCUUGGGGUUUUACAAUAUGGCUCUGAACUUUGGUAUCUCCAGUGGCGUUGUUUUUCCAUGGGGAAAUGGUUCCCUGAAUAGGACUUCAACUCUAACUGAGAGGUUCUUCUUGGGUGGUAACAUGUCCCCAUUUUGCACUUUGGGUGGCCCUGCAUCAGUAUUAGGUUUUAAGACGAGAGGAUUGGGACCUGCUGAGCCUAGAAGGCAAGGUGGAGAAGGUGAUGCUCCUUCAGAAAUGGAUUUUCUGGGGGGAGAUCUUGCUGUUACUGCUUUUGCAGAUCUUUCUUUUGAUCUUCCAUUGAAGAUUCUUCGAGAUGCGGGCAUCCAUGGUCAUGCAUUUGCUUCUACUGGAAGCCUGACGAGUUUUGCUGAGAAUUCCUACCGAAACUUUUCAUUCAGUAAAUUCAAAGAAUCGUUCAGAAGCUCUGUUGGAGUUGGAUUAAUUGUGCCUACUAAGCUAUUUCGCUUGGAGAUCAAUUACUGCCACAUAUUGAAGAAAAUGGAUCAUGAUCGUGGAAGGACCGGUGUGCAGUUCAGCUUCUCUUCACCAUCAUAGAACCUGACUUAAUUUUUGAUUUCUUGAUUGAAUUUUGAGAUUUAUCGAGGAACACAAGGUUACACCCAGGAUUUAUUUUGCGGCUACAUUGUUUACUGCCCAGCCUUUUGUACGCUUAAUAUUGGUGAAACUGUAAUCUAGAUGCAGUAAUGCUGUCAUUUUCAGCUAGAAUGAUAUUGACUCUUAAAAAUAGCUGGCAAAUAAAUGGAGUUGAACAGGCAGUGGAGAUGUGUGGAACUUAUGGGGGUUUUUCUUUCCUAAUCCUUUAGUAGUUUGUAGCCAAAAUGACACUGAAUUGCCUGCCUACCGAGCUGCUGAAUGCCAUAAGCUGGCAAUUUACAGUCCACUAACGUUUGCAAUUCAGAGAAAGGUCAGUUAUGGAUGAUUUAAAAGCCAUCUGGAUUUUUCUUAGGGGUGAAUUCCUGUGCCAUAUAGUUGUAGAGAGCGUGUUUGUGUCUUUUCAUGUGUCUCACUUAUUCUGCACAUAGAAACAUCUCGCCAAAUGGAAUUAGUCUUUCUCAUAUAUGUCACAUCCGUCACUGAGAAAUUUUUGGGAAUAGAUGGAGUAUAUAUGUCAUUAUUGUUUGGGAGGGGAUGAGUAGGAUUGAUGUACUAAGAAGACAGACUGAAUAAGUCAACAAUGAAUUGGGUUUUUGUGACGAGAUUGGGGACCGUUGUCAUUCUGGAGAAGAUUACUUGUGGAAUGAAAUAAAGAAUUACUAGUAGUAGUAGUAGCAGCAGCAGCACUGCAGUAUAAUCUCAAAAAGAAUUUGUCGUUUUUGGUAGUUAGGAUGACUAGGCAUUCGACGUACAAAAACAAACAAUUUAAAAAUAUAUAGGGAUGCUGCAUGUUAGUAAAAAUAUAAAUUAGAGUCCAGAGAGGAGAAGUAGCAGAUAUACUGACCACGGGCAACCCGUGGAAUCUGUGGCUUACUUAAGGAGGCAUCUUAUGCAAUGUAUUACUAGUAUAUAUUUAUUUUAAUGAAUAUUUGGUGACUUUGGG